AUGAUUAGCGCCGUGCUCAUUCUCAAUUCAAGAGGACAUACCCUGAUCUCACGUGCCUACAGAGACGAUGUCGAAACUCGUUCCAUUUCGAGCGCUUUCAGAUCUCAAAUUUUAGCUGCCAAGAUCGCCGACAGAUGUCCAGUCAAAACUAUUGGAAGCGUUACAUUCAUGUUCAUUCGUCAUGAAGAGAUGUACUUGCUAGCCGACGCAUUGAAGGAAAACUUUUCACUUGUCUAUGAAUUAUUGGACGAAAUUCUUGACUUUGGUUAUCCACAAAAUCUGGAACCUCAAGUGUUAAAGGCCAUUAUCGUACAAGGUGGUAUGAAAGAUAUCAAGCCACAUGAACUUGAAGCUAGAUUAAAGGAAGUCACAGGAGCCGUAUCUUGGAGAAAGGCAGGUAUUGUCUACCGUAAGAAUGAGGUGUUUUUGGACGUCAUUGAGGAUGUGAACAUGCUUUUGAGCAACAAGGGUACUGUUUUGAGCAGUGACGUUACUGGUCGUAUUGUAAUGAAGUGUUUGUUGAGUGGAAUGCCAGAAUGUAAAUUUGGUUUGAACGACAAACUCAUGUUGCAACAAGAAAAGAGAACUGCUAACAAGAAGAGAUAUAAGGAAAUUGAUAUCGAUGACAUUACUUUUCACCAAUGUGUCAAAUUGGGUAAAUUUGACAGCGACCGUACAAUUAGCUUUGUUCCACCUGAUGGUGAAUUUGAAUUGAUGAGAUAUCGUAUCACUGAUGGUAUUGUUCCUCCAUUCCGUUUGCUUUCACCAAUUGUUCGUGAAGUGAGCAAGACUAAAUUGGAAGUUAAGGUUACCAUCAAGUCAGUCUUCCAUUCUCGUUUGUUUGGUAAGAAUGUUAUUGUCAAGAUUCCAUGUCCAUCCAAUACUGCCAAAUGUAAGAUUCAUGUUGCCCAAGGUAAAGCUAAAUAUAAGGCAGAAAAGGGAGCAAUUAUUUGGACAGUCAAACGUUUCCCUGGUGACACUGAAUUGACACUCUCUGCUGAGGUCGACUUGAUUGCACAAACUGCAGAAAAUAAGAAGUGGUCCAGACCUCCAAUCGGUCUCAACUUCCAAGUACCAAUGUUUACUGCUAGUGGUUUGCAUGUUAGAUUCUUGAAGGUCUUUGAGAAGUCCAACUAUCAAGCUGUCAAGUGGGUCAGAUACAUUACCCAAGCAGGUGUCUAUGAGUCUAGAAUUUAA